AAGCUCUCUUUUAUCGCGAAGUACCGUUCCUUUGACCCCCUAGCCUGUUUUUAUACGUCGGUUGCCUCGUCCGACAUGCCGCCAAAACACACGAAGCAACGUCGCAGUACGAAUACGCAGUACAAAAUCCCAGCCACCUUCGCGCACGACAUCGAGAAUGCAGAGGGCUGGAACGCGAUAGUAGAGUUCCUCUGCGACUUCUUCGACCUCCCAGAUUUAACUACGCGCAGUGGGCUGAAAAAGGCGCAUGCGCGCUUCAAUGAGAUAUCCAAGAAGCUCGAUGCCGCAUAUACGAAGGGCAAUGACAAUGAAAAGAUUAUGGGAGGCAUUGUGGGUAUCUGGGCGAAAAUGUCCGCAGAUGCACUCCUCCGGGACAAGUUGUUCAAAGCUGGACUCGUUUCAAAAAUGAUGCCCCUACUUGAUAUACCGUCCACCAGGCAUAUUGGUCUGCAGGCACUCUCCACCGUCACCCACCAUGGCGGGGUAGCAGCCAGGCAGGAGAUAGCCAAACAAACUCCGGUGCUUUUGCGCCUCAUGGAAGAAUUCCCUGACGACGACAAGAUUGCAGAACUGGCGAUUGUGGUAAUGUGCCAUGCCAUCGGCGCUGUCGUCGAUAUAUCGGACGAGGUACCCGAUCCCAAGCUCCUCGAGACACUCGACAUGCGCACGGUCCUCAAGAUGACCAUCGAUAACUUCCGCAAGCCGAACGCUUCUGCAUUCCUCAUGAGCCACGGGCUGGGCCUGCUGACGGGCUCGACGCUGCACUGCUACAAGGAGUGCAAGGCGUUGCCGCCAGUGUCGUCGUUCCUCGUGGCCUGUAUGCGCAGUGAAGAGAUCACUACACGGUGCAACGUCCUCGCGGGCAUCCUCCGCCUCAACUUGGCCGAAUCCGAGCCAGACAUGCGUUACUAUGACCCGCGCCUGUUGAUGGAGGCGGUCCAGCGGCGAUUCCCACAAGAGCUCGUCGACGUGAUGGUGGAAUAUGGCUUCGAGCGCUGCGAUACCACCCUCACUCUGCGCUCGAGCAACGAAUUCCAAAAGGCGAUGCAGGCGUGCUUACACGACAAGGACCUGUACAAGCUCGGAAAGAAGACAGCGGAGCUCAUCGUGCGCACGGAGUUCGCCAUCGUCAACGGGAUGUACCAGGCUGUCAACGAACGCACGGGCCAGCUCGAGGUGGUCGACGUCGGCCUGCCCUUCAAGAUGUGGGCGGAUUCCUUGUCGCAUUGCGCACGGGCUGUCCGGGCGAAGGGCGACAAGAGCGACCUGGACGACGCGGACGUCCUGGAGAUCAAGUGGUACAUCAUCAAGCAACGCAUCCCAGACGCGAUCAAGGUGGCGAACAAGGCGCUGGAACGAAACCCGCAGCUGGCCUACGCAUACUACGCUAUCGGCUUAGGGUCGGACAGCGAGAACGGGCUGCGGGCAGUGAAGAAGGGUCUGAAGGCGAAGCAGAUCACGCCCUUCGUGCGGAACUACAUGUUAUGGCGCGCGGUCGAGCAUGCCGGGAAUCUGGGGGUGAGCCGAUUGCAGGAGGCGACCGCGGGCGACAGGGACUACAACGAGGGCAUGGCCUUCCUGAUGUCUUCGUGUGAGGAUGCGAAGAGGUUCAUAGCUGAGGCGCCGCCAGACACACGGAACAUGAGCGCGAUACUGAACUGGUACGUCAUCUGCUCGAUCGCCACGCGCGGUCCCGAGCUCAGCCCUGAUCUGCGGGAGCUCAAUGAUGCGUUCAAGAAGAUCGCGCUCGCGGACAAGAUGCAGACCUUCAUCGGGCUGCCGCCGAAGAACACGCAGAUCCGUCUCACGCGGGAGCUCAUCGUGAAGCAGUGGCCCAUGGCGGUCAAGUCCUGGGGCGAAGUGAUCGCGCGCGUCGACAAGAUGGACCUGACAUCAGAGUCAGCGCACCGCCUGCCUACGCCCGCCAAGGCAGAAGACGACCUCGCGACGUGGCUCGAGAACAUGAACGUCGAGGACGCCCCUGAAGAAGGUGGGCAUCGCGCACACCCCAAGAUCAUGCCCACUGCGGUGGAGCUCUACCGGUGCUCGUACUGUGGCAACCCCAGCGCCAUUCUCAAGAAGUGCGGAGGUUGCGGGAAGAUGAGGUACUGCGAUUCCGGAUGCCAGAAGCUGCACUGGUCCGACCACAAGCGCACCUGCAAAGGUUCUGAUUGAUCAAAUACGACAAAGAACUCAGUAACUCGUGCUCAUGUAACACUGUAUCUGUACGUUUCGCUUUGCUCUCUGGCUUCCAGCUAG